AUGACUGUUGAUGAUGUUGCUGCAUUGCCUCUGUCGACUUCUGCGUCUUUGUCUUCAGCUUCAAGCUCUGGAGGUGACGACGUGCAGUCAGUAGCUUCCAUAGUGAAGCCAGUGGACCCAGCGAGGAAGGAAGAAGAAGAAGAUGCAGGUGAUAAUGCACCAGCAGUUACUGGAGAGAAUUCUCAUGGAUUGGUGAGUGCAUUUGGUAUGAUAAAAGACCGAGCAGUUACAGCCAAGAAGUCAUUAGGACCUCAAUUAUCACAGAUGAGAGACAAAACAAGCAAACAGUUAGAGAGAUACCAGCCAACGAUUGUCAAAAAGGCUACGACGUCAGCUACUGCAGGGCUCACGACAGCAGCAAGUAAAGUAAAGGAAGGAUCGAGUCAAGGUUGGAGUAUGUUUAUGAACGGGUUGGCAGCGGCUCGACCUGUGGCCGGGAGGAUUCAAACAAUGGGAUUGAAUGUAAUGACAGACAUUUAUUUAGGAGACACUUCAGUGGAUAUUUUAAAGUAUGUUGAGGGCCCUAGGAAUGCAAGUUGUAUCUUUCUUUUGAAGUACAAGAAUUUAACAGCAGAGUCGCCGAUUCGAGCAAAAGGACUAUUGAGAAUGACACGAACAGUCAGCAAUUCUAGUACUCACUCGACUGAUAAUGAUCAAGUGACUUUUAUUAGUCCUGGAGAUCAUGUUUUUGCUUCACCUUAUUUGCUAGGAAAUAUUCUGCUAUAUUGUGGAGACUUGCUAGUAUUGGCGCGAGUAUCUUGCGUAAAUAAAGGUUGUCGGGACUUUGUCAGCUCGGAACAGCGGUUGGAAAAGUUUUGCGUUCGUUACGGACAUCUUCCAUCUAGUCUUCGCUUUGCGUACUGGGAGAAGACAACCAACGCUCGAAAGACCCGAGAAACUGCUGAGUUGGACUACGACACAUACUUGCAUAUGGGCCUAUCGAAGGGUGAUGCGACGGAGUCAAUCAUGACGGAUGUUCGACGAACAUAUGGUCGUGUUGCACCUCACAAGCGCGCGUCCGACUACAAAGAUAAAGUGUCCGAGGAAGACUUGACCAGACAGUUGAGCGAUAUUUUGCACGCGCUGGCAGGUCGAUUUCCAGUCGUUGGGUAUUGUCAAGGCAUGGAUUAUAUUGCUGCACAUGUACUAAACAAAGUGAAGAGGAGUGGCUCUGCUCAGGACACAAAAGGUGAAGCAGAGAGCACAUAUUGGCUGCUCGUGACGCUCUUUGAGCAGUACGGUCUACACGAUAUGUUUGCACCAGGACUACAACGGUUGCAUGUGCACUGUUUUCAGGCGCAAAAGCUAUUCGAGUUGGCUGAUCCAGGUCUUGUGGAACAUUUUGCAAUUGAGAAGGUGCCCAUUGAGAUGUUUGCAGUUGGUUGGUUCCAGACGCUUUAUCUCUACUUGAACGUGCUUCCGACGGAAUCUCUGGAUCGUAUUUGGGAUAUUUUUCUAUAUGAAAAGAGUUGGAAGAUCAUGCUUCGAGUGGCAAUAGCAAUUUUAAAGCUAUCAGGAAAGUUUGUCAUGAACAAACCAAUUGAUGAGAUUAUGGAGUUUUUCAACACCUUUGCAGAUAAUGCACAGGAAAUACUUGCCGAAAUGCCACUAUUGGAACGUGCUUUGUGUUUCAAAGUGACAAAUACGGUACUUUCUAAACUGACUAAGCAGCAUAUUAAGUACAAGCGAACGUCUCCUACGAAGAUGCCCAUAUGA